GUGUGAACAGUGGAUGGAUAAUUGGUCCCAUAUGAAACCAUAUGUACUUAUACUAUACAUAUGUAUCGUUCUUUUGCUAGGUUUUGGGUGUUGUACUACAUAGUUGUAUUGUUAAUUCUAACAAGACCGGGCAUGUGUGUGUAUGUGUGUGUGUGUGUAGGUGUGUGCGAUGACGUAGGAGAGUCUGAAUCUGGUUUGGCAGGAUCCGAGUAAAGGCUGAGCAAAGAAGACGCAAAUCCUGAAAGGCGGAAAGGAGCGAAAUGCUUUUUUCACCAGAUGUUCCGUGUUUAAUGUUGUAAACUCAUUCUUUCUGUUGGUUUUUUUUCCAAGUGCCAGAGUUUUAAAAGAAGUUUCAUCACCGGGGGGGGGCACAUUUCAUCACCCAGGCAAGAGCAGCCGCAGGGAUGAACUGGUCGGGCCUUGAGAGUCUGUUGAGUGGAGUCAACAAGUACUCCACGGCAUUUGGGAGGAUCUGGCUGUCCAUGGUGUUUGUCUUCCGUGUGCUGGUGUUUGUGGUGGCAGCACAGAGAGUUUGGGGCGAUGAGAGCAAAGACUUUGUGUGCAACACACGGCAGCCGGGCUGUACCAACGUCUGCUACGACCACAUCUUUCCCAUCUCCCACAUCCGUCUGUGGGCGCUGCAGCUGAUCUUUGUCACCUGCCCGUCCCUCAUGGUGAUGGCUCACGUUAAAUUCCGAGAAGGGAAGGACAAGAAAUACGUGGAGCUGCACCAAGGCUCUCACUUGUACGCCAACCCGGGCAAGAAGCGAGGAGGUCUGUGGUGGACCUAUCUGCUGAGUUUGGUCUUCAAAGCCGGCUUCGACAUCUCGUUCCUCUACAUCCUGUAUCGGAUUUACCACGGAUAUGAUCUACCUAAGUUAUCCAAGUGUUCCCUGGAACCGUGCCCCAACACGGUGGACUGCUUCAUUAGCCGGCCAACUGAGAAGAAGAUCUUCAUGCUGUUCAUGGUGGUCUCCAGCGCCUUGUGCAUCUUCAUGUGCAUCUGCGAGAUGUUUUAUCUCAUCGGCAAGCGCAUCGCCAAACAACUGAAAGUCCAACACGAGAACGAAAGGAUGCUGUUUGCCGACCAGCACGAACUCACCAACAUGGCUCCGCCCCGGUCGCUGUACAGGAAGACCGAUCCGACCCUGGGAGGGAGAGAACUAAGUCUGAACAAGCGGGACAAGGCCAAAGAAAUCGGUGCUACUACGACAUUGUAGACAUACGGAAAAGACUUUCCGAAAAAACUUUCAAAGACCGUUGGGACUACCGAGAAAAAAAAAUGGCACUUUGGCGUUAAAAAUGGAGGACCUUUAUCGUGCCGUCACGUCAAAAUCAAUCAAAACAAAGCAGCGACUCGGGGACUGCCACUUAUGUAACUUCAAAAGAUCGGAAUUCCGGAAUCGGAAUGUCCGAGCAAUUUUUUUUUUUGGUGAUGUUCACAACCGCUUAUGUCAACACGAGUCAGCCAUUUUGAGUGAUGUCGGCUUAAAAAGGGUUUCGCUUUCGAA